AACUUCAUUCAGCUACCCCCACCACCACCACCUGCUGCUGCUAUGACCUGAUGUUUGAGCUGCUGCCGAUAUGGAUAACAACAACAACAACAACAACUGGCAGAUCAACAAAUGCUCUGCUUCCACGUGGCACCCUUCCACUGACCCCUCACCACCUGAUUCUGGACCUCACCCACCAUUUGAUUCUUCUUCUAGAAGCUCGAUGGUCGGUUCAAGUCAUUACUCUUAUCCACGUAUCGUUCAAGAACCAAGUUCAUCAACUCGCAAAAUGAUGGCUGAUCCCUUGUUUCAAAGCACAAGUUUCAAUUUAUACAACUCAAACCUGUCAGCGACUGGAGCACCAUUUUUCACCCUCCUUUCUGUACCACCAUCUUUCUCGCAAUAUGAUUCCCAACAGGUUUUGAGCUCAAAGGCGACCAGUAAAACACAUAUUUACAAUAGCAACUUUAUUGUUGGUAACAACAAACAUGAAGCAUCAUUUGUUUCCCCGAAGCCAUCAUCCCAAAACAUUGACAUCUGCAACCUCAAGUCCAAAGUUGAUAUCCGCCCAAUUGUUCCGGUCAGGACUUUGGCAAGUAAUGGUGGAAACGCUGCUUCUUGUUUGAAUGAUGUUGUGCAGGCGAGAAAAGCUAAUGGUCCAAAUGUAGAGCUUGCUAAGGCAGCCAAUCAUCUCACUUCUCAUGGCCUUCAACAAUCGAAUGGUUUCCGUCCUCUAAAAUCUGCAGUUGUUUCUAGUCCAAUGCCACCCACUCAGCGUGGGAAGCUUCACAGGCCGUCUGUAUCUCAUCAAUUAUCUCCUCAUGCAAGUGGUUUAUCGCGCGUGUUCUGUCUGUAUGCAAGCGGUGAUCUGUUUCUUAGCAAUAGUGGACUCCUUGGAGUUGUUUGCUCAUGCCAUGGUUUCCGCAUGUCAGUUUCGCAAUUUUCAGAGCAUUCGGGUUUGCGGGAUGUUAAUCCUGGAGAUGCUGUUCAUAUGGACAGUGGUGAGACCAUAGCUCAAUGGAGAAAGGUCUACUUCACGAAGUUUGGGAUUAAAAUUCCAGAAGAUCAUCAUGGAUGGCAUUGGCCUGAAGGAUUAUCCACAGCAGCUGAUCCGGUAAAGAGUAGCGAGAGAGUACCCAAACCGAUGAGAAGUUCUAAUCUUUCCAGUUCUGUUGGUCCUCCUAAACCAAUUGCGGCAUCCACACCAUUGAACAACAUGGUGUUUCCAAAUGACCAUCAUUCAAGUCAAAGUUUAGUCAAUGAGACAAAUACUAGAGUUUCCUCAAAUAUCGAGUUGAGACUAGGGCAGCCUUCUCAUCAGAAUCAGACGUUAGGGAUGUUACAAGUACCAACUUCUAAUACUAGUGUUAGCAGAGUUAGCCAUCUGAUGGAAGUGAUUUCCAUGCAACCUCAAAUUAAUAAUGGCAAUAACAGAAUUAUAGAGCGAAGCAAGCAAGUUGUUAACUGUGCUGCUCAAGCAGUAAAGUCCGGUUCAACUGAAGGUAAAAACCUGCUGGGAUUAUCUAAUCUCGGGUUUGGAGCCUUUAGCACAAGGAUGGCUAUUCAACCCGAGCAGUUGAAAAACGAUGAAGUUUCAGGUUCAGAUAAUUCCAUGCUAUUUUCAAAAUCGGAUAGUUCUAAAGUUAAAAAGCAAACUAAAGAUUCCCACAGUGUUGCUAAUAACCAUCAUGUUAUGCCUAAGCAACAUGAUGCUGAAUCUCGAAUCUCCAAGCUGGGUUUAAUGAACUUUGGGUGCAAUACUGAUAACUCAUCCAAAGUAAAUCGCAGUUCUAUUAAUAUGGAAAGCUACAAGCUUGUGGAAAGAGAGAAAGGAGUAGAGCAUGCAAACCAUGGUUUCUCUAGACCAGUUACUAUGCGACCUGUGACUCCUAGACCACCUUUGACAACAGGAUCUCCCUCAAUUGUAUAUACAUCUAUGGUUAUGAAUUCUUCUCCUAGCAUCACCUCAACAAUGUCAAAAGAAAAGGCUACCAGUGUAUUGAAUUUACACACAUCCUCAUCUAGACAAGCUGUGCAUUUUCUAUACCAGGAUAGUGUUUCUUUUUCUCAUGGAUUUGACAAAGACCAAAAUAUACUGGGUAACCCCUUGAAUGAAAGUUUAAGGAGUUCUAACAAUCUUCCAUCCUUAUUAACCGAAACAAGGGAUGAAUACGGAGUUCACCUUCCAGAACUCGCAACAAAAAAAUCUGUUCAUUCUGCCACUACUUGGAAUGCUGGCAGUGGAGAAAAAUCAGCUGUGUUUUCUGUCACACAAGAAACACCAUUUCAAACAUGGAAAAGUGGAGUGCAGAGCAACCUCUUGUGUGAUCCAUAUCAAACUGGUCCUCCACUCUCAAGGAUUCAUAGAAUUGAAGAUUUUGGUUCAUCAUCUACGCAUGGAACCUGUUGUCAUGGGACAUCUUGCACAUAUGUUCCAGACAAGUGCAGCUGUUGGGUGCAAAAGAACAGUAUGAUUAAAAACUCCACUCUUGAGGUUAAGAAAUUCCUAAGUGCUUUUGGGGAACCAUCGCAAAUCAGAGCCUCUACUUUAUCUGCUUCCAACUUGGAUAACAGCUGCACUCUGCAUGAUAGAUCUAUUUCUGUCGGUCAAAAUGAAGAAAAGGUGAAGCCAAGGUUGAAGAAAGUUGAAUUUAAUGCUUUUCAGUGGAAAGAUGUGCCUAGCAAAUUGUCAGGAAGGUGCCACGUGCCAUGCGGAGGAAACCUGACUGGCAAGGUUCCAGAGGAAAGGGUUGAUGUCAAUGACCAAACUUCUCAUGUAGCUCCCAAGUGCUUUGAUCAACCUACUAUGAAGGUUGAUUGCAUGAAGGAGCAGGUUAUGUCUAAUAUAUCAUCUAAAUGUUCUGCCCCUGCUCUUACCCAGGCAUCUGUCAAAAACAGCAAUGGGGAUUCAUGGACUGAUGAUGCACAAGACACAGAUUGUGCAAAGAACUUUGCUAUAGAUGAAGGUUCAGGAACUCGAAAGAGCUGGUCCCCUGAUGAUGCACAUGCCAGUGAUAGCAACUCUGGAUUUGAUGGUUUUGCUUAUAAAAUCAAUUCCAAAAAUGAAACACGGUCUGGAGUGGUUUCUGAACGACCGAUUCGUAGUCUCGUUGACGAGCUUAGGGUUAUAGACUCUUUAAGACCGAAGAAAGUACAGAAUCAACUCCAUACUGGACUUCCUGAAAAUACUGGAUUAAACAAAACCAUUGACAAAGAUUCCACAGUUCGCAAGAGAAAACGAGAAACAAAAUUCAAAAUGCUUAGCAAGUCAUUCCCUGCCUCCGCUGUUUCUUCGGUAUCUACUGGAAAUUCAGGGCUGUUCUUCAGCAUGGAAGACAUAGAUAAACUCGAUGAAUGUACCAAGGAAUUUCCAUGUAAGACACCAAGAAGGGUAUAUGAUGAUUGUCUCAAAAUUCCUGAAUCUUCACGUGAAAAGAAGGUAACAUUGAAUUUAGAAUUUUCAAAAACAAAGGACGUUUGGAAACAAGAGCUGCCUUGUAGAAGAUUCACUAGGCCAAUAGUAUCUGGCAGGUAUGGUGUUAUCUCAAAUGGUGAUACAUCUAAGCCAGCUAAGAUAUUUCCUCUGAAGAACAUUCUUAAAACUGCCAAAAGAUGCCCCCCUGCUGGAAAGAAAGCGGUUAAGAAACCACCUGUCAAGACAUUACAGAAAUCUGUCAUUAGAGUAGGCAAUCGACGCUCGGGAAGACAUUCUACUGUUAAGAAGAAUAAAUACCAAAUACCUCAAAAAGCUGUAGUAUUCAGUGAUGAUGAUCCUAUGGAAAGCUCAGACAGUGAUUUAGGCACCAGAACAAGGCAUAUGAGUAAGGAGAUUCGCAAACGCAGCAUACACGAGUUAAUUACAAAAGGAAAUGAUUCUGGUUUUGCUACAAUUUCGAAGAACAUGGCUUCUAUACAUCAAGAUAACUUGACAAAUUGUGGAGCUAGUAAUGAUCUUCAAGAAGUAGACCAUGUAUCCAGAUACCCUAAGGUGCUAUCAUGCAAGUCAAAUUCAGAUGUGAAUACAUUCUGCAAUGUUUGCGGAAGCUUUGACGAUGAUGAAAUGAAUUACUUGUUGGAGUGCAGCCGAUGCUUGAUAAAAGUGCAUCAGGCCUGUUAUGGCAUUGCAAGGGCUCCCAAAAGUUUUUGGUAUUGCAGACCAUGUAGGGAAAAUGCAACUAAUAUGGUAUGCGUUUUAUGUGGUUAUGAAGGUGGAGUCAUGACUCGGGCUCUUCACAGUAGCAACAUUGUGGGAAGCCUUCUGACUACAUGGAAUGUCGUUGCAGAAUCACAGGAAUACCCAAUUGAUGCACCCCGCAAGACUUCAUUUGAACAAAUAAAGGCAUCUUCGGUAGCUGAUUCAAUGGUCAAGAAUUCGCCUUAUCCUAUCAAUGAGUCAGUGAUGCUUAAUAGUGUGACAUUGGGAGUUUUUGACUCUACGGUCAAGCAGUGGGUACAUAUGGUUUGUGGACUUUGGACACCUGGAACACGAUGCCCAAAUGUUGACACCAUGAAUGCUUUUGAUGUGUCUGGUGCUUUCUGUCCCAAAGGAAAUGUGGUUUGUUCUAUGUGUAAACGUCCUGGUGGUUGUUGCAUAAAGUGCAGAGUCAUUGACUGUGCCAUUUACUUUCAUCCAUGGUGUGCCCAUCAAAAGGGAUUACUUCAAAGUGAGGUUGAAGGAUCUGAAAACGAAAAGGUCGGUUUCUAUGGGAGAUGUGAGCUUCAUGCAACAGAAGACCAUUGUCACUCUAAGACUAUAUAUCAAUGCAAACAAGUCGCAAGUCUUCAUAAAAAGGAAACAUGUGCUCGGACUGAGGUUUAUAAGGGACGGAAAAGAGAAGGUUUAAGACAUGAUAGUCAACAAGACUCUAGUGGUGCUGGUGGAUGCUUGGUUCGCCAAGAGCAAGUAGAUGCUUGGAAUCAUAUAAUAAAUCGUCAACGAUUAUUCAAGAAACAACUUCAAAGGAUUCCCCUACUGGUUCAAGAUGUAGAAUAUGAUGUCCGGAAAGAAUAUGCUCGAUAUAAACAAUCAAAGGGUUGGAAGCAUCUGGUUGUAUACAAAUCAGGCAUCCAUGCUCUUGGUCUGUACACAUCAUUGUUCAUUUCACAGAGUACAAUGGUCGUUGAGUAUGUUGGUGAGAUAGUGGGACUGCGUGUAGCUGAUAGAAGAGAGAAAGAAUAUCAGUCGGGAAAGCAGUUGCAAUAUAAGAGUGCUUGCUACUUUUUCAGAAUUGAUAAAGAACAUAUAAUUGAUGCAACACGUAAAGGGGGGAUUGCCCGGUUUGUAAACCAUUCAUGCCAGCCAAACUGUGUUGCCAAAGUGAUAACCGUGAGGGGUGAGAAGAAGGUUGUCUUCUUUGCUGAGAGGGACAUAUACCCGGGAGAAGAGAUAACAUAUGACUAUCACUUUAGCAAUGAAGAUGAAGGUAAAAAGAUUUUGUGCUCAUGCAAUUCAAAUACUUGCAGGCAUUAUCUCAAUUAGAAGAGAAAAUGUUAGGCAUUGCUCCAUUGUAUAAAUUCCACAUUCUUCUGUGUACAGUUAUUGCUACAUUUGUGAUAUUAGCAACUUUUAAGGAUGCUCGUGUUUAUGGAAAUAGAAAGUAACUCUCUCCUUUCAUGUACA